UUCAACUACAGAAUACAGAAGAAUAUUGUAAACAUCUUACAAAGAUCACACAUUUAUGGGACACUGGAUUGUUUUAGUACAUGUAGGCUUGUGUACUGUUUAUUUGCGGAUUACAGACUUUUUUCCAACGAGUGUAUUGCAAUAAUAUAUUCCCGAAAGACGUUUUAUAUUCAUUAUUGAAUACGACACUCUCCUGACGAAUUCUGGAGCAACCAUGCACCAUCGCUGAUGUUUUCAAUGCGAGGUUGAUGCACUUAAUUUGGGGUAUUUCAGUAUGGCAACUCUGACGAGGCAAGAUCUUAAUUUUGGCCAAGUUGUUGCCGACAUUCUCUGUGAGUUUUUGGAAGUGGCCAUUCACCUCAUUCUGUACGUCAGGGACAUUUAUCCAUCUGGGAUCUUUCAGAAAAGGCAGAAAUACAAUGUACCUGUGCAGAUGUCAUGCCAUCCUCAGUUAAAUCAGUACAUUCAAGACACACUCCACUGUGUCAAGCCACUGAUCGAGAAGAAUGAAGCUGAGAAGGUUGUAGUGGUGAUCAUGAAUAGAGAGCACCAUCCAGUGGAGAGGUUUGUGUUUGAGAUCUCACAGCCUCCGCUGCUGGCCAUCAGCUCAGAGACUCUGCUGUCUCAUGUGGAGCAGCUGCUGAGAGCGAUGAUCCUGAAGAUCAGUGUGUGUGAUGCUGUUCUGGACAGCAAUCCUCCAGGGUGCACAUUCACAGUGCUGGUUCACACUAGGGAAGCUGCCACAAGAAACAUGGAGAAAGUCCAGGUCAUCAAGGAUUUUCCAUGGAUUGUAGCAGAUGAGCAGGAAGUUCACAUGGAGGAAGCUAAACUCAUUCCUCUAAAAACAAUGACUUCUGAUAUUCUUAAGAUGCAACUCUAUGUAGAAGAAAAAACACAGAAGACGUGAUGUUCUGUUUGUGGAUGAAUCGAAUGU